AUGGGUCCUAACUCUGUUUCAACUAGUAACAGGUCGAUCAAGAGCUCCACGCAGUCUGGGAAUAUAGUUGGUCGUGAUUCUGGAGUAUUUGAGCCUAUGAGUAGUGACAACUCACGGAACAACCCGCCAAUGGGUCCCAGAGAGGAGCAACAACCAUUGUUACAAGAAGGAGAUAUUCCGCAAAUACAAGAAGGAGCUACUCCGCAAAAUAAGCCGUCGCAUAGGGCUAUAGGCGUACAACCGAACCCGAAUUCAGAUGUCGAUGAAGGGAACGUGGAAAGGGCUCAGUCAGAAUCAUACCUGCAGAGGCGACUCUACAGAGUGCAUAGACAGUAUCGGCUGUUUGUUCACAACGCGAGAUGGGUGCUCAAUAUAUUGCUUGUGAUCAAUACCAUCUUUCUAGUAGGCACUCUGAUAAAUGAUUUCUUUUUCGACAUUAAUUUCUUUGGCAGCCACAAUCGUCUCAAUAACUUCAAUGAUUUCACGCUGCUAUUCAUCUCAAUAAUUGCCAAUGCUUUCAACUUGUGGUUCAACAAACUGGGGUUAUACUCAUCGCUCGAUUAUGUUCUUAAUAUCGUUUUAUGCCUUUUGACUCUCAUCAAUCUGGAAUUCAUCUAUCUGGUCGCUUACACUCGUCGGAGAAUCGGAUUCAUUGGUACAUUCAUAUACUUGUGGGCAGCUUUUUCGUUUUUCGUCGGUGUGGUCUUGGAUUGGUAUCUGCUGGACUAUAAUAAGCAAAUCAAAGAGCCCUUUGAGGACGGCGAAAAUGAGGAAACAGAACAGGCUCGUGUGGCAACGCGCCAGGGGAUCUCAGACAUUUCAGGUAGACAUACUUUGAGCGAAUGGGUAAUAAUAGGAGUCAGAAAUAUCGUUAAAUCCCUCCUCUUGGUGUUCUUCAUCUUGUUCACAUUCAAUACAUUACUUUCGGCUUGGGAUAUACAUCGAGUGACUCGUAGAAUGGCCGACGUUAGCGCAGAAGCUGCAUCAUACGAUGCUUUCCAUUGGGUUGAUGACAAUCAUUCCUAUAAGUUGCAUAUUAGAUGCUAUGGUGACGUGUUUGACGAUGAUCAGGAGGUUGAGGACGAGAAGAAGCAAGCGAUCUUGCUUUACGAGCACGGCGGAUUCGAUACUGGUUAUCUUUCUGCAACGUGGAUACAGGAGUUAUACCAUCUGAAUAGGAUACAGAGGUACUGCACCUAUGAGAGACCUGGGUACGGUCUAAGCGACUCCGCACCAGCACCAACUUCGAUCGCAAUGGUAGCGGACUCUUUGAAGCAUGCGCUUCUGAACGAAGCCAAUAUCAAAGGACCAUUUGUGACCGUCGGCUACGAUGUCGGUGGACUGUUCACACAAGUGUUUACUGCAAAGAACCUUGAUCUUAUAGACGGAAUGAUGCUCGUCGAGUCUUGGCAUGAGGAUCUGCUAUUGAAAAACUACUUGCAGCGGUUGCUACCACCAGAACGUGGCGGAGACGAUGAUGACGAUGAUCAACCAGGCAGAGAUCCCGAAGAUCUAAGUCGGCUGCCACGGGAGAUACGAAGGUAUAGUGAAUGGAAGGUCUGGUGGCAUGGUCUGUGGUCGACGAUUGGAAUCAAGUUACAGACUUCAUGGCUGUUGGCCCAUCACGGCUCUAAUGAACGUAUUUAUGGUCGUGACAUGCAGUACCAAGGAAAAUUCUUGCGUGGGAAGUUCUUGGAGACUGUUACAAGCUCUUUAUUGAGCUACAAGGACGUGGUUAAUUAUAAGGAGAAACUGAAGAACGUAAAAACAAGCAUUGUGAGCUCUAAGGAAAUGGCCAAGAAAUCUCCGCAAUGGGGUAAUUGGCAGCGUGAGCUAUCUAAGAUUUCGUCGAGAACUCAAGAAUGGAAAGUUGUCGAUGGUGGCCAUGAAGUUUACAAGUAUGGCCUUGGCAAGCAACAGGCUCAAGAUGUAUUAUUACGGUUGAUUGGUGAAAAAGAUAAAUAUUGA